AUGAAAUAUCAACAAACAAAAAAAGGUAAACAGACGGCUAUCACACUAUUAACAUCAACGAAUACCGUUUUACACCAUAUAUUCUCAUCAUCAUCAUCAUCAUCAUCAUCAUCAUCAUCAUCAUCAUCAUCAUCAUCAUCAUCAUCAUCAUCAUCAUCAUCAUCAUCAUCAUCAUCAUCAUCAUCAUCAUCAUCAUCAUCAUCAUCAUCAUCAUCAUCAUCAUCAUCAUCAUCAUCAUCAUCAUCAUCAUCAUCAUCAUCAUCAUCAUCAUCAUCAUCAUCAUCAUCAUCAUCAUCAUCAUCAUCAUCAUCAUCAUCAUCAUCAUCAUCAUCAUCAUCAUCAUCAUCAUCAUCAUCAUCAUCAUCAUCAUCAUCAUCAUCAUCAUCAUCAUCAUCAUCAUCAUCAUCAUCAUCAUCAUCAUCAUCAUCAUCAUCAUCAUCAUCAUCAUCAUCAUCAUCAUCAUCAUCAUCAUCAUCAUCAUCAUCAUCAUCAUCAUCAUCAUCAUCAUCAUCAUCAUCAUCAUCAUCAUCAUCAUCAUCAUCAUCAUCAUCAUCAUCAUCAUCAUCAUCAUCAUCAUCAUCAUCAUCAUCAUCAUCAUCAUCAUCAUCAUCAUCAUCAUCAUCAUCAUCAUCAUCAUUAUCAUCAUCAUCAUCAUCAUCAUCAUCAUCAUCAUCAUCAUCAUCAUCAUCAUCAUCAUCAUCAUCAUCAUCAUUUUCAGUUGUUCGCCUAGUACUAUUGGUUACGCAUUCGCUGAAGUUUUUUGUUAAACAAGUUUACACACAAAUUUUCUGUUUUAUUGGCAUUUCUUACACCGAACUAGUCUUGUCGCCACCCACAACAAAUUCUCCUACAGUGGAUAAACCGAAAAUGGCUUCACAUGAAGACCUGUCUCCACCUACAGCAGCACCUGUUCUAAUCAAUGAAGUAAAAGAGCCUGGUAAAGAUGAAGACCUGUCUCCACCUACAGCAGCACCUGUUCUAAUCAAUGAAGUAAAAGAGCCUGGUAAAGAUGAAGACCUGUCUCCACCUACAGCAGCACCUGUUCUAAUCAAUGAAGUAAAAGAGCCUGGUAAAGGUUUUGUUGAUCAACCUGAUCAAUUCGCCUGCGUGGAUUACUUGGCUUCUUCUUGUCUUGAGCAUUUUAUCGAUGGCGCUGCUUCUCAUCCUACUGGUGUUGAUGAUGAUUUCAUCAUAAAUUUAAUGAAUAACACAAACAAUCCAGAUGAUUCACGCUUUAUGAGUGCUGUAAACUACUACAAAUCUUGUACAGAGAGUCCCAAUGCAGAAAUUUCAGUGAUUGAAAACGAAGUUAUUAAAUUGAUAAUAACUCUAUUCAAAGGCUGGUACUUGACAAAUGCAUACGACAAAAUCCCUUUCAAUGUCAAAAGAAAUCUACUUAAAGAUGAAACAUUCAAUCUUACAAGUUUGCUUUUACCUUUGUUGCUUCAAAGUGGAAGUACAACUUUAUUUUCACUGAAGCUAGUAAAUGAUAGCAAUCCAAGCAUUGAUAUUUCUUUAGGUUCUCUGGAGGCCUUUGAUGCUGUUGCUCCUAGCAUGUCCGAUGGAAAGAAAAUAAAUGCAGCUGAACAACUUUUCGCAUAUCUGAAGAAACUUGGACCUUUAAAGGAUAAGAAAAACAUAAUAAAAGACGUUUUACAGUUGCAUUCCCAAAUCAAAAGUGCAAUACAACCAUCUGGUUCUGUUUCAAAAGUUACAAUUGAAAAGUUAUCAGAAAUCUGUCCCUUAAUCGAUUGGAAUGUUUUAUUUGAAAGUAUAUUCCGUGAACUCAAGUAUGAGUCAUACAAGAAUAUGGAAAUUGUUGUUCAUGAUCAAGAUUCCUUGAAGAGGGUUUGUGAUAUACACGCAUCGGCUAUGGAAACAAAUAACGGAAGAAAAAAUCUACACGCUAUGACGACGAUCAGUUUCUUGUUCAACAUGAAAAAUAUUUUGAAUCGAUAUUACUCUGAGUUUUAUCCUUCUACCAUUCCGAAAAAGCCAACAAGUUGCAUUGAUGAAGUAAAAGAAAAUUUCCGAUGGACAAUAGAAAAGUAUCAUAAAUAUUCUAGUAUAAGCGAAAGUACAGAAGCCGAGGUUCUUCAAAUGUUCGAAGAACUGAAAACAACCUUGAGUGAUUCAUUGUCAUCAAUGUCAUGGUUGAAAGAAGAUGAAAAGAAGAAUUAUAUCAACUUGGCUAAUUCAUUUCAGUUGUCCAUAAUUACUUCGAAAAGUUUGUCCGCAGAAGAUAGAGAGAGCAGAGAUUUUAUAUUCACUAAUGAAAUAUCCGAGGAUGAUUACUUCAUGAACGUGUACUAUUCUCAGAAGACCAAAUUCCUUAAAUCAAUUUACAAAUCACUGGAUACCAACGCUGAACCUGACGCUUUCAGUUUUAUGCCGUACAUAUCUGGUUCGGCUGAAAAUAAACUUAUUAAGAUAUCUGCCGGUCUAUUAAACCCACCAUACCUCAAAGAAGGAUAUUCAAUGUCUGAAAAAUAUGGGACUAUCGGUUGGUUUAUUGGUCGCCAGCUUAUGUAUGAAGUGAAUAAUAACAAGGAAGAAGAUAAUCAUGGGAAUUCCCAGUCCUCCUGUAUGUCAAAAGAAGCAACAGAUUCUGAGGCUCAAAUAUGUUGCUUGCAGGAACAAGACAGCUUCAAAGACUACAACAAAACGGAUUUGAGAUCUUUGUCAGCCGAUAUUAAUGGUCUCAUGUUAUCUUUUAAAACAUACGCGAGUGAUGGAGAUUUGGAUGGAAAGAAGUUGUUUUUCUCAUCGUUUGCAAAAAUGAUGUGUACUAGAUACUCCGCAGAUGUUAUUACCACAAACUUACAGUCUUCCAACUCCAGAUACAAAUUCAGCGUGAAUGAAAUUCUGAAACACAGUCAAGAAUUUUCCAAUAUACACCGAUGUUCAUCUGGUUCAAAAAUGAAUCCUGAGAAUAAAUGUCUCUUGUGGAGCGAAGCAUAA